UCCUGACGACCCGUUUCAACGAUCAGUUUGAUAGUGGCCGCUGCAGAGACAUAAGGCGAAUUAUUCCAAAGGAAGAGCAUCCUUCACCGAAAGAAUCUUCUCCGAAGAGUCUUCAGUGAGAUCAUAGAAUAAAAUCCUGCCAAGAAGGAUACUGCUGGAAGCUGAACGAUACCAUAAGUAAAUAACAUGCUUGCGAUAUUAUUAUUAUUGAUACCGAUACUCUCGGGUGACAACACCGAGGCCAGCGUUUUGGUGGCAGACAACACUAUGUCCAGAAUGGUAGAACUGAACGCAGAUGCACCCUUCUGUGCCUUAUAUACGGAUCGCGGCGUCAUCCAGAAGAUGGUACUCGGUGCCGAUCCCAAAAAGGUCCGGCAAAUGUCUAGCAACCUCGUGGCAGACUUGGAGGAGACGUGCAAAGCCUCUCGCGAGAAGGGAAAGAAUCAGCCUCCAGGCGCUGGACUGAUCUAUCCGGGUACUAAAUGGUGCGGUCCAGGCACUCUCGCGACGUCUUACGAUGACCUUGGCCAGCACCGUGGCGAGGAUAUUUGCUGCAGGGAGCACGACCAUUGUCCUAUAACGAUACCGCCGAAUACAUGCAUGAACGGCAUUUGCAACAACGCGCCGUUCACGCGAUCCCACUGCGAUUGCGAUGCCAAAUUCCGUAGAUGUCUGCAAAAUCUUAACUCGGAAGUGGCGAACACUCUCGGAGCUCUAUUUUUUAAUGUGGUUCAGGUGACUUGCUUCAAGGAGAGGCGCCCGUGUUCUCAAUGGCAGAGGACUGGUUACACGGAAUCAGUGUCAAACCGGUUGUGCUCCCAGUACAAAUUCCGACCCAGCGACAAGUACGUCCCGCUAAUGCCCUUGAACGUGAACUAGCUGUUGCGGAUACGCAAGAAGGACGGACCGGAAAGUUUUUGAAGUUAAACAGAGUUCCAACGAGUAGGAUAAUUACGCGCGCAACCCUUUCACGCUGACCCUGGUAAUCGAACGCGUUCACAGUCGUUCAUAAAUUUGCAUUAUUGCUGGAUUUUUUUUAACACUAGUUCCUUAAGGAACUUUUUCCUGGUAAGUGGUUUGAGAUGGUCACUGAUAGAGACGUAUCAGAAUUUUUAUCAGCUCCUUUUCUUCAUCGGGUUUGUCCUCGAAUGCGUGCAGAAAUCGAGGGCAACGAAGGGAAUUGUUUCAGAAUGGGCAAUUCGAAAGUAAAAAAGCGCAAUGCUGACUUGUUGUUUUUACGGUUCGAGGUGAACGGCAAAAUUCUUUUUUGCACUUUCUUCAAGCAAAGUGCAAUUGGAGGUUGCGCGAUUUUUCCUACUCUACUCUUUUAACGUGAAACUUUAAAGGUAGCAGUUUUGGCAUUGACCUUCGAGAAAUUGAUUUAGAAUUUUUCUCAAAGAUCGAAGAAGGUUUCGCUAGAACUACAUCACUGAAAUGGGGUUCGUUUUCUUGCAUAUCACUCGGUGCUAUUGCUGUGCCAAUGCUUAACACUGGCAUUAGCAACGAUUGUCUAUAGAUUAAGAUUUCAGCGUUGAGUCGAUGAAUAUAAUGUGAUGAGGCGGAUUUUGCAUUACGAAAUGAUAAAAAUGAAAGAUCUGUAUAAAUGGUCCACAUCCCUUAAAAAAAUUUCCAAUACAUAUGAUUUUAUAAAAAAAUAGUAAUGAGAUACAACUGAUGCAAGUGUUUAUCAACUUAUACUUGCCAAAACAGCUAUUGCAUCGACUCAUGCAAACAGUACCAAUGAAUAUCACAAGGUUUACGAUUUUCUACUCUCUUUAUAGCUUAGAUUUUUGAAUAUUCAACAAAUCUCUGCUUGAUAUACAUAGUUUUAAAGACCGACGCUAGCUAAAAGCAUCGUAGUUGAUCGGAAACUACUACUUAUUGCUCACUUUUAUCAACCAAGAUUGAAGAGAUCAAUGAACUUAUUGGAAUUUUUAUAGAAGUCUGAGAACAGUGCUUUCUGUUUUUAAUCCCGGUGGCACGUGAAAACGAGUUCAAUGGCCGCAGCACAUUAUGUAUAUCCAAAAUUUUUAAUAGGUAACUGUAAGCUGGGAGCUCGAAAAAAGAGAUUGACCUUGUCGAUUUCAUGCUUCUAAAGAGUUUCUAAUCUCUCCGAAACAUUGUUCAUCCAUUUUCCUGUCGAAAAUUGGUUGCUUCGACUAAUUACCAAGAACCAACGGGAAAACUGCACAAUUCUUACUGUGAUUGAAAUUAUCUACUCAGACCAUAAAAUCGCUGUAUAGUUUUACUCGUAGAAAUAUAAUAUCGUCGGUUCGUUGUUUACGGCCUCGGUGCUCAACUAAUCGAUGAGGCCUCCGCGGGGAGAACCGGAAGUCGUCGCUUGACGACUGUGCGGAUUAUUCGGAUUUUGUAAAUAUCUCGAGAAGGUCAGCCGGGAGAGUGUGCAAUUGAUUGAAUGUGUCGCAUUGAUACGUCGCGUCGGGAAUACCUUCGUUCCCUAAAGACCUUCGAUUGACUAAUGGCACAGUGGCAUCCGGGAUAUUCGAUGUAGACGCAUGAUUUUACCGUUAAGCUUCAUUGAAAUUGUCCGCUUCGAGUUAAAAAAUAUUUUUCAGGAUGAUUCACUACUGUGCCACUGAACGUAAAAUGAAUGAUUUUACAUAUAUUAUUAUUAUAUAUAAUAUAUAGUCUACGUUUUUAACGUUUGCUUGUAAUACUACUGCUCGUAUUAUAUUAUGCUUGUAUACAUUUUGAUCUAUGAUAGUCAUACGGAGAAUAUUUAUAUUAUAUUAUAAA